AGACAAUCACACUAGAUGACUAGAACACCAAGAAUGGCAUAGAAUAUUUAUCUGUGGACACCCCAAAAAAAUCAAAACCUCAACCAAGAUGGACGUAUUUUUUGUGAAAUCAAAUAUUUAGAGCUUCUCGCCAUUGUUGGGAGUUAGAUCUUCAAGAUGUAUAAUGGGAUUGGUUUGACAACGCCAAGAGGCUCCGGUACGAAUGGUUACGUGCAAAGAAAUUGGGCUUCUGUUCGAAAAACCAAAGAUUCUGUGAACUAUAGAACUGAAGAUGAAAUCGCGAAAUUAGAUUCUGCAUCAAAUAAACAACCGAAUCGUGAGAUCCUUGAUCAUGAGAGAAAGAGAAAAAUUGAAGUAAAAUGUGCAGAAUUAGAGGAUACACUGGAAGACCAAGGGUUACCGAAAGAGGAAAUAGCGGCGCGGGUCGCGGCGUUUAGAGCGAAGCUGUCGGAAGCAGGUGCAGACAAGGAUGUGCCCAGAGAUGAGUUCGGAAGAGUAGCUGUGCGCGAAACUCAUGCAGUGGCGGAGGCCCAACAAGAGAAAAAUGCGCGGAUCAGGGACGCGUUCGGCAUAUCGCCGCGGUUCGUGGAAGGGACGAGCCUGGACGCGGAGCGCCGGGCGCGGGACGAGGCUCAGAGGUACCCUCUAGUGAGGACGCCGAGCCACGAAAGAGAGGAUCGCGAUACGCACGUCACCAAGAAGAAAAAGAAGCGAAGCACAUCACCAGAAGCCAAAAAAUCUAAGAAGAAAAAGUCAAAGAAGAACAAGAAAGACAAACAGGUGACACUAGCAUUAACUAAGAGUCAAAGAAAAAUGUUAUGGAGAUUUAUUCGUAGGCAAGACAGCAAGAAGAAGAAGAAACGGUCCAAGUCGCCAAACGCUGAAAGUUCCAGCAGCUCGGAAGGCGACAGCGAUUCCAGCUCAGAAGACGAACGCCAGAAGAAAAAGAAGAAAAAGUCGGGAAGCAGGCGCCGGGCCAGCAGUGCGCCGUCCAGCCGCGAGACUUCACCAGUAAAGCAGACCAAAGAAAGACAAUGGGAACGCCCAGCUGAUUCACGAGGAAAUGAUAUCCGCAAAAAAAAUUGGGAGCGACCAGAAGAUCAAGAAAAUGACAGUCGAAGAAAGAAUCGGGAAAGCGAAGAGCGCAAUAACCGAUACGACGAAAACCAAAGAAAUUCACGACAGAAUUAUACAAGCAGAAGACGCGAUGAACGAAGUCGGUCGGUUGAGCAACGUAGGUCGGGCGAACGGCGCAGGUCGCCUGAGAAACGUAGAUCAGUUGAAAAACGACGAUCUGUUGAACGGAGGUCCUCUCCGGACUACCGGCGCAGGGAUGAUCGUAGGUCACCAGAAUAUAGACAAAAAUCAUACGUUAGCAAAGAUAAAAGCAGAGAUCCUGUCAGGGAUGAUUUUGAAAGAGCAAAAGAGUCUAGACAGUCCAAACGUGACCGGAAACGAUCGCCGUCUCGUUCCGAUUCCGAAGAACCACCUCCUAAGAAAUCCGAAAUCAGGGAAAAGAGAAUUCCACGACAGUCUAGCGACUCGCCACCUCCAGAAAAAAGACGACGCAGGAGUCCGUCACUUGACAACAGAGGAAGAGACGACACUUAUAACAGUAAAAAAGAAAAGUCAAAAGAAGAAGUGAAACGCAACGAUAAAAAACGAUCAAGAAGAAGCGAGUCGCCCGACUAUAGAAGUAGACGUCAGGAAGAAUUGCGAAAAGACGAAGAUGACAAAAGACGCAGAACUGACAAUGACCGAUACUAUAGAGAAAACUUGGAUGAGCACAAGCGAAAAAAGAAUAGAAGCCUAUCAAGAGAUAGACCGGAAACAUCUCGAGCAUAUCAAGAACGGUCUCCUGAAAACAAAUCUAAUAAAAGAGAAUCAAAAAAGGGACCUGAGAGAUAUUACAAAACCGCCAGAGUCGAGCCCUCUUCGUCGUCUGACUCCGAAACAGAAGCGCCUCCAAAGUCGAAAGAAAGUAAAACUUCACGAAACCAUAAACCGAGAAGCGAAUCUCCCCCUAAAGAGAAACGUCAGCGCAGUCCAUCUAUAGAAUACGGUAGGCAUGCAUCUCCCGACCGAAGAGCGAAUGAGAGGAAAACAGAAAAGUAUAAAAGUAGUUCGAAGUCAUCAGAACACAAAAGAGACGACAGUAGACAGAGACGAAAGUCACCUACGCCCGUAGGAAACACACGGCGUAAAAAUUCACGAAGUAGAUCUAAAUCGUCUACGCCAGAGCGCAGACACUCGAAGAAAGAGAAAAGAAAGAGCCGCACACCGAACUUGAAACCUAAGAAGAGUUCGGAGAGACGUACUUUGUCACCUAAGCCAGACCAAAGAGAUCGAAUCGACAAAGACAGAAACGAUCGCAAGGAAUCUCAUAAAGAUAGAUCGAGGUCGCGGUCGAAUCACAGGAGUCGGAGUACAUCGAGUCUCAGCUACUCGCCGGCGCGCCGCAGUCCGGACAGAUACCGCGAUAUUAUAGAGAAGUUACCAGAGAAGGAUAAAAGGAAAUACAUUAAAUCGCCAUCUGAUCUUCAGCCGAAGAAGAAGAAACGCAAAGACGUCGCCGAGAAAUACAACAAACCGAAGGCCGCGUGCAUGCGUAGCUCGUCCAGUGAAAAUGACGAUUCGGAAGAUGACUUUCUGAGGCUCGACGAGCGAGCGCGCCAGGAGGAGAUAGAUAACAAAGAGUUGAACAGACUCAAGGAGAAGUUAGCUCAAAUGGCGAAAGCUUCGAUGGAGCGAAAGAGGAUCGAGGAGGAAGCGGAAAGUGCAUCGACUUCGCAGGCCGUUCUCGACGCAAACAGCAAACCAGAGGAAAAGGAAACAAAUGGCAGUCCCGCAUUAAUAGAAAAGGAUUCCCCAAAAAUUGUCAACAAAAGUCCGGCUAAGCCUGUAACUCCUAAGAAGGAAAGCCCUGUAAACGUGGAAAGUUCUCCGGAAGUGAAAAAGAAGCGCGACAGAAGUGCGUCUCGGCGCAGCUGGUCGCGGUCGUCGUCGCGCUCGCGGUCGCGGUCCCGAUCUCGGUCGCGGUCUCGCUCUGGCUCGAGAUCCACCCGCUCGAGGUCGCGUUCAUAUUCAUCUUCAAGGCGCUCGCGCUCAAGCCGUUCGAGUUCGUACAGCAGCAGAAGUUCUUCCCGGUCGUCAAGCUCAUCGCGAUCGUCCCGCUCGUCAAGAACAAUGACGGGCGUGUACGCCGAUUACCGUAGAUCGAGCGAGCGCGACCGCGGCUCGGCGCGCUCGCGCUCGCCGUCCAUCCCGCGCCGCGCCGGCUCGCCCAGCUUCCUGGACCGGCGGCGGAUCACGAGAUAAAAAUUACACGAACUUAUAGCCCGAGUAUUCAAGAUACAAGUAGUUCACUCGGAAUAGUGAAGUGCUAGCUCAUAUUUAUCAUUAAGUUACAUGUAUUGCUAUAAUGUAUAUUUUAACAUUUUGGCAUAAUUUUAUGUUAUGUGCGGUUUCUAACUCAAUCUAUAGUAAUUUCUGUGGUAUUAAAUCCACUUCUCACAUUAAUUUAUGUACUAUUGUAUUGUAUUGUAAAUAUUUCGAUAUUAAAAUUUAGCAAUAGAUGUUACUCAAACACAGUAACAUUUUAUUUUUAAUGAACAUUGAACACAUAUUUUUUAUACAAUUCUAACUUCUAUGGCAUUAAAUACUUCAUACAUAUUUUAUGUUUUGUAAAUAUUAAUUAGAUUCUAUUAAUUAUUAUCAGUAGAUUUUACUCAAAUUAUUCGUAUUACCUAUGUAUGUUUUUUUUGUUAAAAUCUGUAGAAUGUUUGUCCUAACAUGUUUCUCCGUUUUCUCUGUUUGUAUACCAACUAACCCGGUUUUUUAUAUAUUAAUAUAAAACUUAAUUUAACUUUUUCUAUGUUGAUGACAUGUGUAUUUAUAUAAAUCCUUAAACAAAAAUUUAAUACCCACAAUGUUUUUUUGGUUCAUAAAACAAAUGCAAGAAUCAUAAAUUACUGAACGGGUCGCAUUUACAUGUUCUGAUCUCAUGAUCAAUUUAACGACUAGUAGUAAUAAUUUAACUUAUUACCAAGAUAUAUUUUCAUACUAGUUCUUAUAAAGGCAGUUCAGUUUUAUUAAAUUGUUGUUUUCUCUCUUCGUAGUGCGCCCAUUAUAGACCUAACAUAUACGUCAAAGAAAUACAAGUAUCGAAGAAGAUGAGUUAAAUAACUAUACAAAAAUUGUUGCCACAUACCAAUAUUAUGCGAAAAUGCAAGCGACGCCAGAAGUAGAAGUUGUGCUAUAUUAUAAGGACAAUUUAAUUCGAGUGUGUUUUGUUUCAAUUAUUUUGUGUUAUCACAUUAAAGUGUAUUGUAAAUUUA